AUGAGCUUGCACAAGAGGUGCGUCUUCAAUGCAGAGAAUUCGAAAGCUCUGCUCUACUGGGACGUUCUCGUCUCCCUGACCAUCUUCAUAGUGGCGAUGGUGGCCCCCUACGAGGCCCUCUUCAUGCGGCCGAGGCUGGACAUGUCGUUCAUCCGGAGAAGAGUCCUGGACGCCAUCCUCGUGGCGGACAUGGUGCUGCAGUUCUUCGUCGCGUUCCCCGACUACAAGAACCGACAUGGCCGCAUGGUUACCUCGCAGAAGGUCAUCGUGUGGCAUUACUUGACCGGCUGGUUCCUCGUGGACAUUGUCGGCAUCUUCCCCGUCGACUGUCUUCUCAUCUGGGCCAACACGAGGUCGGAGUAUAGAGACAUCGUGAGCGCGUGGUUUGUGUUCCGGGCCCUACGCCUCGUACGCAUGCUGGUGCUCCUGCGCCUGAUGAGGACCCGAUUGUCGACCGCUAUGAGAACAAGUUCGGCCUGA